AUGUUUGGCGCCUCAGGCACUGUGUUGACACGAAAUUCGGAGCAACCAGGAAAAGAUAAAGAUCUCAGUCAGUACGUAUUGCAACUUGAAGACGACAUGGAGUUUGCUGAGAGAACAUUGAAAGGAAUAUUAAAAUCCGUGAAUCGCUUAAUGCAAAAGGCUGAAAAACGACAACCCAAAAAUCUUAUGAAGCUUCUAGCGGAAUCCAGAGGUUUUGAAGGGGUUGAAAAGUUUGACAGCCAUCAUGUUCCAUCUUUACUUUCAGAAGAAUAUCUCAAUUGCUGGAGCUUGCCGUUGGUUACACUAACAGCCAUCGCCAUUUCUUUCCCUGAGGUCUCGAAAGAUACGGUUGAUGCCUUGUUGAGUGGUGUGAGAAAAGGUCUUGUUUACGUCACACAUGUGGAAGAAAACCUUAAUGUUACCAAUGAUCAUGUAAGCAUUCAGAAGGUGGCUAAAACUUUGUGGUUAGAAGUUGAAGUCCACCGAGAAUGGUUAGGACACAAGCUCAUGCCAAAACCUGCAAAUACAGCUGGACAGAUUCUUCAAUGGUUGAGGGACACAUCUAAAAACAUCAUCACUGAGGUGGAAAGCAAGGAAAAUGAUAACUCCAAGUACAGGUGUAUUUCUGCCAAUUCAAUGUAUCGUAUCACCCAAACACUCAUUCUCUCCUAUAGUGCCAACAUGGAGCAGGUUAGUCAAGAGGAACUAUUUCUGCAAUUAUCAUCAAUGGUCGCUGACAUUUUGGCAGCGUGUCUCACCAACUUACCCCAAGCCAUAGCCAGGAGAUGCCAUGAAAAGGAGAUAGAGAAAAGGGAGGCAGGCGUCCAUGCAGCGGCUCAACUGCUCGGUGAGACUGCACAAAUAAUCAACACCCUUCAAGAUCGUGAACUUCCAAACUUGAAUGCUGACGAGUUGGCAUUUAUUGACAAGUGGCGUGCUUACUUAAAGCAUCCCUUUCCUUAA